AUUUCCCAAGCUCUAAGCGCACAAUAAAGUUGAUCUACAUAUAUUCAUGGCUUCUCUAUAUUCUCCACACUUUUCCAUUUCAAACCACUCUUCUUCCGUUAUCUUAUUCAGAAAUCACAAUUUGAAGGUCCCAAAAGUUGCAAAGUUAAGAGUGUCAUGCAAAGCUACAAAGGGUGGUGAUGGUGACCCAGAAAACCAGAAAGAAGAGGCCUUGGUGUUCGACAGAAGAAACGUACUGAUUGGCAUGGGAAGCCUUUAUGGUACCCUUAGCAGCGACACAUUGUCCCUUGCAGCUCCUAUCUCACCACCAGAGUUAAUCAAAUGUGGUCCACCUGACCUUCCCUCUGGUGCCAAACCGACCAACUGUUGCCCCCCAAUUUCCUCAAACAUCAUAGACUUCGCAUUUCCGAAGAACACCCAAGUUAAGGUUAGACCCGCUGCUCAUUUGGUUGACGCCACUUACCUCCGCAACUACGAAGAAGCCCUUCGUCGCAUGAAAGCCUUGCCUCUCAACGAUCCACGCAAUUUCACCCAACAGGCAAACAUCCACUGUGCUUAUUGUGAUGGUGCAUAUCACCAAGUUGGGUUCCCUGACCUUGAUCUCCAAGUUCACGGCUCUUGGCUCUUUUUCCCCUUUCACCGUUGGUACCUCUAUUUCUAUGAGAAAAUCUUGAGAAGCUUGAUCAAGGAUCUUGACCCAAAUUUUGCCCUUCCAUUUUGGAACUGGGAUUCCCCCAAUGGCAUGCCAAUCCCUGCCAUCUACACUAAUCCCAAGUCACCACUUUAUGACUCCCUCCGAAACCUAAACCAUAAACCACCAAAACUCGUUGACCUAGACUAUAACGGGGUGGAAGACAAAGGCUCAACUCAACAGCAAAUAUCUACCAAUCUCACCACCAUGUACCGGCAAGUCGUGUCGAGUUCAAAGACUCCGACGCUCUUCUUCGGUGGCGCUUAUCGUGCAGGAGAGGACAGUGAUCCCGGUGGUGGCACUGUGGAAAACAUUCCGCACGGUCCUGUUCAUGUAUGGACCGGUGAUAACACGCAACCUAACUUGGAGGACAUGGGGACUCUCUAUUCUGCAGCAAGAGAUCCUGUUUUCUUUUCUCACCACGCUAAUGUGGAUAGGAUGUGGUCCGUAUGGAAAACCCUUGGAGGAAAGAGAAGUGAUAUCACAGACCCCGAUUGGUUGGAAUCUGGGUUUCUUUUCUACGACGAGAACAAAAACCUAAUUCGUGUGAAGGUGAAAGAUUGUCUUGAUACUAGAAAGCUUGGAUAUGUGUACCAAGACGUUGACGUUCCGUGGUUAGAAGCUAAACCAACACCGCGUCUGCGAAGAGCAGUUGCAAUGAGUUUUGGUGGUGGUGCAGCACUGGCUGCUGAGACUUCCAAAACAACCAAGUUUCCCGUGGUUUUGGAUUCGAGUGUGAGCAGCAUGGUGAAGAGACCAAAGAGAGGUAGGAAAGAGAAGGAAAAGGAAGAGGAGGAGGAGGUGCUGGUGAUAGAAGGGAUUGAGUUUGAGAGGGAUGUGGGUGUGAAGUUUGAUGUGUAUAUUAACGACGAAGACGAUGUGGCAGGUGGGCCAAGUAAGGCUGAGUUUGCAGGGAGCUUUGUGAGUGUGGCUCAUAAGCACAAGCACAAACACAGGAAGACGAAGACGAACUUGAGGCUUGGGAUAAGUGAGUUAUUGGAGGAUUUGGGAGCUGAAGAUGAUGAGCAUGUGUUGGUGACUCUGGUGCCCAAGUUUGGGAAGGGGCAUGUCACCAUUGGAGGGAUCAAAAUAGAGUUUCACAAGUGAGCUUCACGUUAGGUCGGAUUCAAAAAAUGUUUGAAUAAAAGCCAUGUGUGAUCCUUAAUUGCGCUGUUCAUCCGAGGUUUACGCUAGGGUUUUCACUUACUAUAUAUGGCCUCGUACCGUGUGUCUUGUUCU